AUAUUUAGGCAUACUACACAAGCGAGAUUUCUUACAUCGUCACCACAUGAGAGCCUCUGCGAUUUUCUCUUUGGUUCUCAUCAUGUUUAGGGUUUCGCGAUUUUGUUUCUGAUGUUUUGAUGGAAGCGUGAUACACGAUUGGUCAUUACUUCGGCUUGUUUUCAUGCGCAGCUCCUUUUAAUUCACCUUUUACUGAGAGAGAAGGCAUGGUGAAGGGAAAUAGCAAUAACAUGGACGUCAAUCCUGAGUUAGAGCCUGUUGAGAAUGAUGCGAAACCAGAAGCCCCUGAACCUGAACAGCCAUUGAAGAAGUUGAAAGUAGAAGAACCAAAGACCAGUACUGAGAUACCUGAAGGGGAAGGGAAAGAGAAGAAAGGAGGGAAAGACAAACCAGCAGAAGAGAAGAAAGGAGAAAGGGAACGUAAGAAAGAAGGGGAAGAGAAACAAGAAGAAGUGAGAGUUGAUAAGAAGGAAGAGCAAGGAGAGGAGCCAAAGAAGAAUCUCAAAAAGCAAACAAAGAAGAAGAAGAAGAAAGGCGGGGAUGGGGGCACUGUGCAAGGGAAGAAAGAAGAAGCAGGGGAGAAGCAAGAAGAUGUGGGCAAAGGUAAGAAGGAAGAGCAAGUAGAGGAGCCAAAGAAGAAUCUCAAAAAGACAGAGAAGACGAAGAAGAAGAAAGGCGAGGGUGAGGGCACUGUGCAAGGUGGCAAUGGGAAAACAGCUGAUGGGAACAUGGAGAAUUCGAAGGGGAAAUCAGAGAGCAUGGGUAUGAUAUUCAUGUGUAAUGCACAGACGAAAAAGGAUUGUUUCACUUACAAGGUGCUGGGUUUGCCUGGGAGCAAGAAGGAGCUUGUGGCUAAAGUAUACAAGGGCAUGAGGCUUUUCUUGUUUGAUGUUGAUCUAAGGCUCAUGUAUGGUAUUUACAAGGCAUCAGGGCGUGGGGGUUACAAUAUCGAGCCAAAAGCCUUCAAAUCUGGUUUCCCUUCCCAGGUUCGCUUCACUGUACUUAAUGAUUGCUUGCCUUUGCCUGAAGAGAAGUUCAAAGCCGCAAUCAAGAGUAACUAUUACACGAAGAACAAGUUCAAUGUUGAACUGACCUCUGAACAGGUGAAGAACUUAUGUAAACUCUUCAAGCCUGCAAACAUUGGGCCAAGCAAACCCAUAUGGGAAUCCCGAAGGCCAAGAAGUAAAGAGGUGCAUGAUUUGGUCGAGAGAGGAAGGAAUAGGCGGCAGGCCCCAAGGGAUAGGAGACAAUCGCCAUGGAUCGUGGACGACAGGUUGCCUCCUGUGGAGCAUGUGGCAUAUGAGAGAGAGGUGUAUGCUCCACCACCACCCCCUGAGCCUUAUUAUGCCUAUGAGAGGCCCAUUGAAUUGGGUUACUAUGAGAGGGAGCCACCCAUUGUUGGGUUUCGAGAUCGUCGAUUGCCAGAGUUGAGGAGAGAGGAGAUAGGGCACAGGGAUCUGUACUUGCACAGGGAGCCAGAGUUGAGGAGAGAGGAGAUAGGGCACAGGGCUCUCUACUUGCACAGGGAGCCAGAGUUGAGGAGAGAAGAGAUAGGGUACAGGGAUCCCUACUUGCACGGAGAGCCUGUGGUCUAUCAUCACUCUUCAUAUCAACCUCCUAUUUAUCGAUACUGAGACUUUUGAGGAUCAGAUGGUUUUGUUUUGUUAAAGUGCUUCGAUUUUAACAUUGUUGGGAUCCUAGUGAGCCUCCUUUCAUUAUGGAUGCGUUUAGUGGUA